AGUUCGAGCUCAGGAGAGUCGGAAAGGGGGCGAGGCUAACUGACAGGCGUCCCCAGCUUCCUUAGACCUGAGUAGCUGAAUCUCACAACAGCGCUGCAGUCAUGUGUGGAAUAUUUGCUUAUCUCAACUACCAUGUGCCAAGGACACGCCGUGACAUCCUUGAGAUCCUUCUUAAAGGUCUUAGACGCCUGGAAUACAGAGGCUACGACUCAGCAGGUGUCGGCAUCGAUGGAGGCAACAGCAAGGACUGGGAGUCGAAUGCCAAGACUAUCCAUCUGAUCAAGCAGCGUGGAAAAGUUAAGGCUCUCGAUGAGGAGAUUCACAAACAGCAAGAUCUUGACCUGGAUAUUGAAGUUGAUGUUCACCUGGGCAUCGCUCACACCCGCUGGGCGACCCACGGCGUUCCCAGCCCAGUCAACAGUCAUCCGCAAAGAUCUGACAAGAACAAUGAGUUCAUUGUGAUUCACAAUGGGAUUAUUACCAACUACAAGGACCUGAAGAAGUUUCUGGAGAGCAAAGGCUAUGAAUUUGAGUCGGAGACAGACACUGAGACCAUCGCCAAGCUGGUGAAGUACAUGUAUGACAAUCGGGAAAGUGACGACAUCAACUUCGCCACACUGGUAGAGCGUGUGAUCCAGCAGCUGGAAGGAGCUUUUGCCCUGGUUUUCAAGAGUGUCCAUUACCCUGGAGAGGCAAUUGGCACAAGGAGAGGAAGUCCUCUCCUGAUGGGAGUGCGCAGUGAUCACAAGCUGUCCACCGAUCAUAUUCCAGUGCUCUACCGCUGCUCUGGAAAAGAGAAAAAGAGCUGCAGCUCCCUGCCGAGGACAGACCAGGACACCUGCCUGUUCCCGUUGGAUGAGAAAGCUGUGGAGUAUUACUUUGCAUCUGACGCGAGCGCUGUAAUCGAGCACACAAACCGGGUGAUCUUCCUGGAGGAUGACGACGUUGCCGCCGUGAUGGAAGGCCGGCUGUCCAUCCACAGGAUAAAGCGCCGGGUGGGGGACUACCCGGCCCGCGCCAUCCAGACUCUGCAGAUGGAGCUGCAGCAGAUUAUGAAGGGCAACUACAGCUCCUUCAUGCAGAAGGAGAUCUUUGAGCAGCCGGAGUCUGUGGUGAAUACCAUGAGAGGAAGAAUCAACUUUGACAACAACACAGUUACACUGGGCGGACUGAAGGAUCACAUCAAAGAAAUCCAAAGAUGUCGGCGACUAAUCCUUAUUGCUUGUGGCACCAGCUACCAUGCUGGAGUAGCUACCCGGCAGGUUCUGGAGGAGCUCACCGAGCUGCCCGUCAUGGUAGAACUGGCCAGCGAUUUCUUGGACAGAAACACCCCGGUCUUCCGAGACGAUGUCUGCUUUUUUAUCAGCCAGUCAGGGGAGACCGCCGACAGCCUGUUGGCUCUGCGCUACUGUAAGGAGAGAGGCGCUCUGACUGUCGGCGUCACCAACACGGUGGGGAGCUCCAUCUCCAGGGAGACGGACUGUGGAGUCCACAUUAAUGCUGGCCCAGAGAUUGGAGUAGCCAGCACCAAGGCCUACACCAGCCAGUUUGUGGCUCUGAUCAUGUUCGCGCUGUUGAUGUGCGAUGACAGAAUUUCCAUGCAGCCCAGACGCCGUGAAAUAAUCCAGGGCCUGAGAGUUCUUCCAGAUCUGAUCAAGGAGGUUCUCAGUUUGGACGAUGAGAUCCAGAAGUUGGCGACCGAGCUGUACCAGCAGAAGAGCGUGCUGAUCAUGGGCAGAGGCUACCAUUACGCAACAUGCUUGGAAGGAGCGCUGAAAAUCAAAGAAAUUACCUACAUGCACUCAGAGGGUAUCCUGGCAGGAGAGCUGAAGCACGGUCCGCUGGCUCUGGUGGACAAACUCAUGCCCGUCAUCAUGAUCAUCAUGAGGGACCACACCUACACCAAAUGCCAGAACGCCCUGCAACAAGUCGUCGCACGUCAGGGUCGCCCCAUUUUGAUCUGUGACAAAGACGACCACGAAACCAUCAAAAACUCUUCCCGCGCCAUCAAAGUGCCUCACUGUGUGGACUGCCUGCAGGGCAUCCUGAGCGUCAUCCCUCUGCAGCUGCUGUCCUUCCACCUGGCUGUCCUCAGAGGAUACGACGUGGACUGUCCAAGAAACCUGGCCAAGUCGGUGACUGUGGAGUAACGGCCACCCUCCAUCGCCUGACGACAGAAACCUGGCAGACACAGAUUCAAACACUGACAUCAAGGGAGCAUCCGUAUAAAGAGAAAGCUUCAUCCUGUUUGCGUCUCCCCAGUUGUCACUUUUUUCUUAUGCUUUUUUUUUUUAAUGCAACAUUUUAGGCGCCCCUUCUGAAUA